AUGCCUCUGAAAGCCCCCAGACAUCUGCAGGACUAUGAGGAGAUCCAGUACCCGCAGCGGGCAGAGAAGUGGAGGAACUGGGUCUCGUACCUUCAGUACUUCAUUUGCCUAGCUGUCUUCGUCAGCAGCUUCUUCUGGUACUGGACCCGAGUGGCGACGAUUGUCUACUGGGGGGAUUCGCUGGAGGACAACUGCCGAUCGGUUGGGCUGACCAAGGGCACGGUGGACUUCUCCUGGCCAGGGGCUGUUUCGGUUCAGGGCCAGACACAGAACAGGGACGCUCGGUGCACGCUGGAAUACAGCUUCGUGUGGGAGAGCGCGGCCCAGUGCAGGAACGACUUGAACCUCAACACCAACGCGUGGCUGGUGUACCCCGAGCCGACGACGCGGGACCACGAGGGGGGCUCUGGCAACGUGAUUCUGGGCUACUCCAUUCCGCUCCGACUGCGCCCCGGUCUGGCGGUGUCGUGUAUCAGCGAGGUGCCGAUCCCGCAAGCGUUCAAGAACAACCUGAACGCGGGCGAUUCGGGCGCGUUCGACGUGGCCACUCAGACGCUCGCCAACAACGAGUUCAGCGUGCGGCACGAGCACAUCAUCAAGCGUUGGAACCCUGGAGCGGGCGCGUGGACCGAUCACCAGAGCAUCGGCACGACGCCCGCGUACCUCGAGGUCAUCGACGCGGGCAUCCUCGACCUGAGUGGCCACUGUGGCACCACCAUCACCGCUGCCCCGCCCUUCCGGUGCACUGAUGACGAGAGGCAGGACGUCCUCACGUCCCUGACGCUGGCGGCCACGGCGGCCUCGGUCGCGUGGACGGUCACGUGCCUUGGCGCGGUGCUCUGGUGGAUGUCGGUGAAGCGGCAGCUGCAGCCCAUCCGCCCGCCAAGCCCGAACAAGGGGUCCACGAAUGGGGAUAAGGUCAGGGGGCAGGUCACGCCCACGGAAGUGGCUUGA